AUGCGUAAUAGCGCUCUCCUCGCUCCCAGUCCCGCUCCUCCCUCUUUACCAGGUUUUACCUCCCUGAGGGGAAGGAAGGAGGGACGGGCCGAGGAGGAUGGAGGAGGUGCCUGGCGGGGGUUGCCGCUGCCGCCGUCGUUGCCGCUCUUGGCCGCGCUCGCUGGGCCGGAGGAGUUGCCGGCCGGCGGCAGGCCUCUGAGGCCGGGGAGCGGGGGUUGGCCUCGCGCACCUGAGGAGGAGGCGGAGGCGGGGCCGCUUGGCGCGCGAGUGAGAAAGUGAGUGACGCGAGGCGGAGGGGGCGGGGCCGGAGGGCAGGGUUCGGAGGAGGAGGGGGCGCCCCACUCGAGAGGGGGGCCGGGGGGGGGAGCUGUGUGAGGAAGGUGCAAGAGGAGGGGAAGGGGGCAUGGAGGUGAGGCAAGAAAGGCAGGAGGGGCCGGCGCAGGCAGAAAUGGGGCUGUGGGGCAGGAGGGGCUGGAGAGUGAGAAAGGAAAGCGGCAUGGGGCAGGAGGGGCUGGUGAGUGUGCGGGAUAUGGGGCAGGAGUGGGUGGGAUGUGUGGGGCAGGAGAGACUGGUUAGUCUGGGAGGAUAUGGAGCAGGAGGAGUGGGGUGGGGGGUAUGGGGUAGGAGCGGGUAGUGAGUUGGAGUAUGGGGCAGGAGAGGCUGGUUAGUCUGGGAAGAUAUGGGGCUGGAGGGGUGGGGUGGUGGUGUAGGGCAGGAGGGUCUGGUGAGUGAGAAAGUAAACGACAGGAGGCACUGGUGAGCGUGUGGGGAUAUGGGGCAGGUGGGGGUGGGGGCGUUAUGAGGCAGGAGGGGCUGGUGAAUGUGGGAGUGUGGGGCAGGAUGAGUGUGGGGUGUUGGGGGUAUGGGGCAGGAGGGGGUCGGAUGUGGGGAGUAUGGGGCAGGAGGGGUUGGUGAGUGUAGCAGGGGUAUAGGGCUGGAGGAGUGAGGAGCUAGUGAGCAAGAGAAAGGAAAAUGGAAGUAUGGGGCAGGAGUGGGGGUGAAUUAGGAGGGGGUGAGAGGAAAGGUGGCAGGGUGUGAGAGAAGUGGGUGUAUGGGGCAAGAGGGGGCAGGCAUGAAGAAAAGGUAUGGGGUUGGUGAGAGAUAGAAUGGGGGUACAGUAUGGGGCUGGAAGACCAUGAGGGGUUAGGAGGGGGAAACGAGAUAAGCAACAAAUGAUGAACACUGACAGGGAGUAUGACAGAAUAAGGAGAAAAAGAGAAUGGGGAGAGAUCUUACACCACAGGGUAUGUGGGUGCAGGUGGGAACUUCUAGAGAGUUUGGGAUGGGGAUUUGAAGAUGGAGUGGAGCUGAGGGAUGAGCUUGGAUGUUGAAGAAACUUGAGUUUUAUCUAAAUUUAACUUUUGGCACUAUUGGGUGGAUUUUUCAUUGUUACAUAAAUCAAGAGAAGUGGAAAAGAGCCACACAACUGUAUUUAACUGUGUUUUCUAGUCAGCUCAGUUUCUUUUCCCAACUUUUUGGCUCUUGAUUUUUUUCCAUUCCUGACAUCUGUUGGCUGUGCCCAUAGAGGGCUUGAUAAGUUGAAAACUGCUUUCUUGUUGUCUGCAAAAGCAGUAGGGUCUUGUGACAAAAAACAUCAGUUUUUGUUGGUAAAUGUCAGUUCAAAGAUGGAAAUUUGUCAGAUUUUUUUUUCAUUUUGACAAGGGUGCAAAUUUUACAGAAAGGCAAAGUAAAAAUGGUGACAAAUUAUCAGCAUUUCACAAGUGUUCAGACCUGUCCUGCUUGGUAAUGGCAUAAUGUUGGUUGGUUGGUUGUAUUAAAUGUCUAAACAAACCCACAGCUGUAUCCAAAAUUCAUUCUUGGCUUAUUGCUCAUGGUUUGUUUGGAGAAAACAAAUCAUGAGCCUAGGUGCGGACAAAACAUGGUUAAAUCAAACCAUGGUUUAGCUUCUGGCAGUAUGGUCAUGAUUUUCUCCCUGUGCACUAGCACGCUUGCUCAUUCAUGGUAAGCCAUGGUUUGUUUUUGCGUUACAAGCAAACUGGGUUGGUGACUCUUUUCAGACAUUAAGCCAAACCAUGGUUAAGGAAGCUUAGUAAUGGUUUGGCAUGGUGUCUGCACAGGCAAACAUUGUUUGUGAUCAGAUAGUAAACCAGAAUGGAAAACCAUGGUUUGUAAUAGGUUUGUGUGGUUACUCCUUUGAUAAGACAUACUUACAGCCAUAGCUCUGCUUGUGGAGCAAACUGAAUUUAUUUCAAGGCUUGCCUGUUGGGCAGUACAAACCAUGGUUUUGCCUGCAUACUGCUCAUUUGAUUUUCAUCCUCUCUCCACUCCUUCUAUUGUACAACUAACUCCAGACAUAGCACUUUGACUAUAACUAGUUUGCCAAUUCAGACAUUACAUCAAACCAUUGUUAGCAAAACUAUUCUAACUCUAUAAAUUAUAUCCGUUUCAAACCAAGAUGUGAUAAGAUGUUCAAACAGAGCCACUGACUUGCUUUUGAGAUCACUAAGUGAACUUUGGGAGUCACACUUCAUCUUGAAAUAGGAGAACCAACCCUUUUUUCCUUUGCACCAUUCUGGCUUCUAAAGUUUGCAAAACAUCAGUGGUUACAUGACUUUAGAAGCCCUGAUGCUCUAAGACAACAACACUGGAAUACAUUUUGGGAAGUUACUUAAUUUGAGGAAGGGCAGCCUGAAACCAUGGUCUUGUGUUUUCUGGACUAUUGACAGCAACGUUUCCUGUUUCUUAUCUCUUAUGUAAGAGUUCAGUAAACUGGCAGCAGGAACAGGAAAUUUUGAAUCUGCAAUGCAUUCAGAAAAAUUGUUUCUGUCGUGCAUUUGGAAUGUACAAAUAGCAUGGUCCAGCAAAUCCAAAACUUUACUUUAGUUCUUCAAGACCAGCAGUGGUGUCUGGUGCCCAUUGGGUCUGGUAGGGCAGUAGGCAGGGAGACCAACAGUAGGUGGCGCUGGAGUUAAUGGCAGGCAGAACCACCGCCUGACUGAUUGUAAGAAGACAGGCAGGUGAGGACUGGCUGAGGGCAGAUUGAGGUUGGUGAGGCAGUGCCCCAUUUGCCCUCAUGAAGCAGCCUCCCCUGAGGACCUGAGAUCAAGUUCUGCCUUUACUGAAAUGUUACAGGGUGACCUCAAUGUUGUGUUUAUUUCAGCUCGCUCUCAGUGUAAGGUCAAAUGUAGUGAAGUCUUGAAAGUGUGGUUUAAGCUAAAUUACUGUGAUAGAGAGACAAGGAAAAAAUAAAAUUUAAAAGUGUAUUUUAGCUAGCAUUCUCAUAUUCUGUGUGCUGAAAAGGGAAAAUGUUUGGGUUCCUGAGAAGUAGUGUGUUAACUACUGAAUAAAGCAUUUUAUUUGCAAAAAGGGAGACUAAGAGCGAGAUAAAGCGCUUUCUUGUUCUGCUUUCUGAAUGCCCCACUGUCCUCUUGUGUUAUAUGAGUUAUGGUGAGUUCUUAAUUGUGUAAUGUAUAGGCCGACGUCGUACAGGGUAAUCUAGUUCUUCUGGCCAAUUAAUGAUGGCAUGAGCAAAUGGCUGUCAGAAAUAUUUUGAACCCUCUAUGUGGUGCCAUAGUAUAUCAUGUGACCUCCACUCUGCAGGCACAACCUGAACAUUUUUGCUCAUCAAGUGAAAUUACUGAGGGAGAAAAAUGACCUAUUUCUUAACACUUAUAUAUUUAUUGUAUUUCUAUCACACCUUACCUUCAAGGAACUCAGGGUGGCCCAAAUAAUUCUUCUCUCCCUCUCCCUUUUACCCUCACAGGAACUCUGUGAGUUAAGUUAGGCUAAGGAAGACACAAUGACUGACCUUAGGUCACUUCAGUGAGCUUUGAGACUCAGUGGGGAUUUGAAUGCAAGACUUUCUGAGUAUAGUCUUAUACUCUAACCCAGAUGUUGGGAACAUUUGGCCCUCCAGACAUUGCUCCCAUCAGCCCCACCAUGCAUGGUACUUAUAGUUCAUCAACAUAUGGGUUUCCUGAAUGGCUCACUUUAUUGUUCUUCCAGGCAGCACCUGUUUGUUUUCUCCCCCCUGGGUUUUUAUUUGCUAUUCUAUAAAGCAUUCUGUAGAGUGAAGUUUCUGCAUAAAGUUUCUUUUAGUAGGGUAGGAAGCCCUCUUUCUUCUACAAAUUCCUGUAGAACAGUAAAAUAAGCCCUCUUUAGGUUGUUGGUCCUACAAACUUCUGUACAAAUUGCACUUGGCAAAGAACUGUCAAUGCCUGCAUUCUUGUCCUUUGUUUACAAAGUGGUAUGACCCCCUUGUAGCAUCAGGGAGCUAGUCUACCUGGCUGCAGCAUCGCCCCUGUGCUUCUGCAGUCCUCCUGCGUAAUGCAAUAUUGAGUUGAAGACUACUCUGAAAGUUGGCUAGGCUCCAUAUAGUGAUAUACAGUGGUACCUCAGGUUGCAUACGCUUCAGGUUACAUACACUUCAGGUUACAGACUCCGCUAACCCAGAAAUAGUACCUCAGGUUAAGAAUUUUGCUUAAGGUUGAGAACAGAAAUCAUGCUCUGGCGGCGCGGCGGCAGUAGGAGGCCCCAUUAGCUAAAGUGGUGCUUCAGGUUAAGAACAGUUUCAGGUUAAGUACAGACCUCUGGAACUAAUUAAGUACUUAACCCGAGGUACUACUGUAAUUCUGGCCACUUUUGUAUGAUGUCCUACCUGAUCUGAAACUUUUCAAGGCUUUCCCCUCAGAUGUUGCCUGCUCCUUGAACUUGGGAACCAUCAUGCAAAAUUUCGUUAUGGUAUCCGCAGAAAUGUCCAAACGCAUAGUGAGCAACAACUUUCCAAAAUACAUUGCAGAAGUAUGAAAAGCAGAAUUUGGAGAUGAUCACCUCUCCACUUGAACAUAAAGCCAUUUCCAAUAUAAAGCCAUCAGAGGACUACUUCAUUAGGCUCUUUAUUGGACAGGGAUGAGGAACAUCUGUGGCCCUCCAGAUGUUGCUUGACUCCCAGCACCCAUCAACUCCUGCCAGCAUGCUCAGCAGUCAGGAAUUAUGGGAGUCAUGGUUCAGUCACAUCUGAUCGGCGCCUGGUACACCAGAGUUUGUUUUUUGGCAGUCUCAGAAAAAUUAACAUGAUACGCCUCUUUAAGGGACAAAUAAAAAAGAAGUCUUUAUUGACUUUGCAGCAGGGAUGGCUGUCCUCAGCGGAACCCCCGGCAGGUGCUCUCUGAGUUAACACCAUACCCUCCAACAUUUCUCCAUUUAAUAUAGGGAUGUCCCAUUCCAUAAUGAUAAUUUUACUAUUUAUAUCCCACACAUCUUACUGGGUUGCCCCAGCAACUCUGGGCAGCUUCCAACAUACAUAAAAACAUAAUAAAACAUUUUUAAAAACCUUCCCUAUACAGGAUUGCCUUCAGACAGCUCAGGGGUUGGAUAACUCCAUAUCCUCCAACAUUUCUCCAACGAAAGUAGGGACAUACCUGGGAUCAAAUAAAAAACUGGGAUGGCUUCUCUAAAUCAGGGACAUCCGUGGAAAAUAGGGACACUUGGAGGGUCUGGUUAAGAGAGGACCAGUGGGGCCUCUCUUUCUUGCCCUACAAGUGGACUUGGAGCCCUUUUUCUUGGUUUGGGGGUUGCUUGUUUUGAUGACCCUGUGAAGGAACAGAUUAACCCAUAAGGCAGGGCUCACCAACGUUUUUGGACCAGCGGGCACAUUUUGAAGUUUGAGCAUGUGCUGGGAGCCCCAGUCACAACAUGGCUGCUGUAGCAGGUGGCAAAACAUAAACAUUAGAGAGAUAGCCAUUCCCAAUAGCCUUUUGUUUACCAUGGGAAGUCAGCUAUGUCCUGCUAGUCUUGAUUGUGGGGGUCACACACUGUUGAUUUUACUUGCAGACACAUACACAUACACACACACACACACAGGCUGUUGCUGAUAUAAUAGUAAUAAUAAUAAUAAUAAUUUAUACUCCACCCACCUGACUGGGUUGCCCAAGGCACUCUGGGUGGCUUCCAACAUAAAAACUAAACAUCAAGGAUUAAAAAGCAAUCUAGGAACAACAGGAAGUGUUUCUCAGUACCAGGAUAAAUAUACAAGGUGGCCACACUUCACUUACUCUCAUUUCACAGAAAUCUCUUAGAAAGUACUUGCACUUUUUGCCCCAUAACUUACUUUGUAGCAGAGCUAGAGACUUUUAAAAAAAUGAAAGCUCAGAGUUUGAGGCACCAGUAAAAGCCUUUGUGGAUGCUGGGCUGGUGACCUCUGCUAUAAGGUGUGGUUAAAAUAUGAUUAGCUUUCCCUGGUUUAAUUUUUGUACAUGUACCACCUUCCUUUCUCCUUUGAUUUCUUUGAGCUGUAGCCAAUUAACAUCUACUUGCAGCAGUAGACCCAUUGAAAUUAAUGGACCCAAGUUAGCCAUGUCUAUUAAUGUCAAUAGAUCUACUGUCAUUGGAUAAAAAUGUCACUGUGCCAAUACAUUUUUAUUGUAUUGGUUUUUGGGGUUUUUUUAAGCUAUGGAACUAUAAUCAACACUUCCCCACCCCCCAAAAAAACCCUAGUAUCUGGAGGGCCACAAGAACAUCCGGAGAGCCACAAACAUUCUCACUCCUGGCAACGCAGAAUAUGUGCUCUUGUUGCAAAAUUGACACUAAAGAAAAGCUUUAACCCACUGGAGCGGCUUCAUUUUAUUGUGAUUUAUAUAUGGUGUGUGUGUGUGUUCUUACCAUAAUUUGUAGUUUCAAAAGGCCACUGGCUCAAUAUAUUUUGCGCAAGUAGCACAGAAAGCCUAUUUGUUGUUUUUAAGAAGCCCACAAUAGUUAUUUCACAAAUUAUGAGGCUGAAACAAGCCAUUACAGAACUGCUGACAUGAGCUGGAAUCACUUCAUGGUUAAGCUGUGUGAUGAUGAUGAAGAAGCAGAAGAAGAAGAGGAGGAGCAAACAUUGAAAUAAUAAUACUUUUGCCUCCCCUGCUAACAUAAUGCAAUAUAUUCCACUCAGGCGUAGCACGGUUUUGCUUGCAUUUAAACAUACCUUGGCUGCUGCUGCCUUUUCCUUUUUCAAAGUAUUCAUAAGGCUGUACAGUACUUCUCAGACUGUAUUGGAGAGGGACCAAUCAGAAGAAGGUCAGCUUGUUAAAUGAAAUGGCAGAAAUUCUUUUAAAACUUGAAAUGCACCAAUCUCAAUGAGGCUAACACCUGUGUGUGGUCUGAAAAUUUCAGAAUGCUUAUAGCCGAGACCGAAAUCCAUGUGCUGUUUUAAUAGUCAGAAUUUCCACUGCCUCCACCCCUUUUUUAUUAUACAUUGUAGAUUUUUGUAUCAUGCUUAUUGAAAUGUCGACAGCACCCACUUCCCCAUUUCAAGAGCUUGACCCAAGUAAUAGCUUUUAAAAUGAAGACUCAAAGGAGAAUUUAAGCUUGGAAACAAGAGGAUACAUGCUAGGAGGAAAUGAUUUCUCUGUAUUUUAACUGAAGUACACUGGUGCCCUAUAGGGAUUGAAGAAGCAAAAAAAGUCUUAAGCCGUCCAAGCGCCAACACUCCCAGCAACACUCAGACUUAGUUAUUACUUCAUUUAUAACCCACUUUUUCCUCCAAAGAGCUUAACAUACAUGGUGCUCCCUCUCCCCAUUUUAUCCUCACAACAACCCUGUGAGGUAGGAUAGGCUGAGAGGCUCAAGGUCACACAGGGAGCCUCAUGGAUGAGUGGGGAUUUGAACCCUGGCCUACCAAGUCAUAGUCCAGCACACUAACCACUGCACCACUUUGGCAUCUCCUUAAGGAGAAGAGGGACAUGUUCUGCCUCCAUGGUCAGAGGCACUAUCCCUUUGCAUGCUAGGUUGCUGGGAAUAUCAAGUGGCUGUUGUGCUCAAGUCCUGCUUGCUGGUUUCCCAGAAGCAUUGCGCUGGCCACUUCUUUGAGAACAGGAUGCUGCACUCGAUGGGCCUUUGGCCUGAUCCAGUAGGCCUCUUGUGUAUAUAUAGGCAGGUGACCUAGCGAAGGUGUGAAUUUUUGCCCUCCUUGUGUAACAUCCAGCCAGGCACAGCAUCCCUAUAACAAGAGAGAGACCCAGAAAACCAGAGGGAGGCUUGCUUUCACACACACACACAAAAAUGUAAAUUGGACAACCAGCUCAGAAGGCAUCAGGAACGCCUUGUACCCUUUUCUCAUAAACUGUUUUAGGAAACUCAGGGCUGUGUUUGGUGAAGCAAGGGCUGAAAUGUAUACAAAGCUGUAAUAAAAAAUGUAAUUGAUAUGAAUGCAGUUGCGCUCAAGUUGCAUUGGGGUGAGAAGGGAUGCCGUGAAGGGAGGGAGAUGAUUCGACAGCAGGCAGAGCUCUAUCCAGCCAGGCGAGCAAGAAGAGGCAUUAUCAGAGUUCAAUGACACAGCCAAGCAAAAGCACUUGAGCUGAGCCAGUGAGGGGUGUGGCCGGGGAAGAGUCCUGAGGGCCAGAUGGAGAUGCCUGGAGGGCCACAUUCAACCCCUAGACUGAAGGUUUACCCAGCAGUGCCUUAAGGCCUCAUGGAGGAUACAAAACUAUACAGUGGUACCUCGGGUUACAGACACUUCAGGUUACAGAUGCUUUGGGUUACAAACUCCGCUAACCAGGAAGUGGUUGCUCCAGGUUAAGAACUUUGCCCCAGGAUAAGAAUGGAAAUCACGCGCCAGUGGUGCAGUGGUAACAGGAGGCCCCAUUAGUGAAAGCGCACCUCGCGUUAAGAACCGUUUCAGGUUAAGAAUGGACCUCUGGAACGAAUUAAGUUCUUAACCCAAGGUACCACUGUAUUCUAAUAUGAUGUGUUCGUGGCAUGAUUAGUACAGGUGGCUGUGCUCAGAGCGGACCCAUCUGAAAUCACUGGACCUAAGUUAGUCCUUGUUGCAAAUUUCAGUGCGUCUACUCCAAGUGGGACUAAUUUUGGAUGCAUCCUGGAGGCAGCAUAUCUCUGGGUACCCAAUCAAGGGCUGGAUCCAUGUGUUUGAGAAAGACUCUUGCCUUUAUGGCUACGAAACUGAAUGCUGGGUUAGCUGGUCCUUGGGCUUCCAUCCAGCAAAGUAGCUAUUCUGUGGGUCUUGACCUGUCAUUGGUUUUGAAACCUAACAUUCACCUGAACCCUGCUUUUUUUCUUCCCAGGAAAGUUAUUUUCUGA